AGGCCUAGUCUGGUGUCAAUUUCUUGUUUAUCGUUCGCGGGUGUAAGGAUUUAUCUCUGUGUUUUUAAUCGUUUUUCUUCGAUCGGUUACAUGAGGCCGAAUAUGUGGCAUGGAAAGUUGAGGUCUUUAUUUAUUUUCAUUGCUGUCGCCUCGAUUGCUGUUGUAAUUCUUUUUGUUUAUGUGUGCCCGCGGAACAGCUGUCAAAUUGCAAGCACAAGAAGCAGCAUGGCGGAAUAUAGAUCUGAAAGGGUUAAUUAUUUUGAAGCAAACAUCGGAAAAGAGUAUCCAUUCGAUGUCGAGGGAAAUGAUAUAAUUGUAUUCUUCCACAUGCAAAAAACUGGUGGAACGAAAUUUGGUAAACAUCUGGUGGGAAACUUGGACAUUCAACAUCCUUGUAACUGCGUUCGGGGAAGGAAGAGAUGUGAUUGUAAGCGACCCAACUCGAAUAAGAUAUGGCUGUUUUCUCGUUACUCUAUGGGAUGGCCUUGUGGACUGCACGCCGAUUGGACUGAAUUAAAAGCUUGUGUUCCAGGGUUUAUCAAUAAAUUGGAGGGUAGAAAAAGAUCGAGGAGAUUCCUUUACAUAACGAUUUUACGCGAACCCGUGUCCAGGGUGUUGAGUGAGUUAAAAUGUUACCAGAAAGGUACAACAUGGAAACUGUCUUUGCACAUGUGUAAGGGCAGAGUGCCAACUAGAGAAGAACUGCCACCAUGUUAUACUGGAGAAAAUUGGACAGAUGCCACGCUGCCAGAAUUUUUGAACUGUUCAUCGAAUCUGGCUUUCAAUCGACAAACGCGAAUGUUGGCUGAUUUGAAACUUGUAGGUUGUUACAACAAAAGCGCCAUGUCACGCGUAAGGAGAGAGGAGGUUUUGUUGGAAAGCGCCAAGAGAAAUCUUGCAAGUAUGGCGUAUUUUGCUCUGGUGGAGUACCAGCUCGAAAGUCAAUAUCUUUUUGAGAAGACUUUUGAAAUGAAAUUCCGAAAACAAUUUGUGCAAAUGAGCAAGGACGAGACUCGAGCGGCCGAAGUAGUUCUUGGUUCGAAUGAUCUUGCGCGCAUUCAAGAACUUAACAAAUUAGAUACUGAGUUGUAUUCCUUCGCCAAAGAACUGUUCUUUGAAAGACUUAAAUAUUUUGAAGAAAGGGACAAGAAAGUCAAGGAAGGCAUACCCCAGGUUUAAUCUUCUUUGUCAAGCCUCAGUGAGCCAUCAUAUUCUUUCAACACAUUCACUGAUUUUAUUAUUAUUCCUUGAGCUUGUGCAAUCAAGACACCUUAACCAAAUUAGGUUCCAUAUGCCAGACGCGAAUGUCGUAAAAUUUUUCCUGACAAGAACAUAUUAUGAAUUUUACUUUGUUCUCUCUGUGAGAGCUUACAAAACGUAAAUAGUGCUACUAUUUUACCUUGGGACCAGAUAUUUUCUUAGUCAAAGGCAUUGUAAUAUUUGUCAAAAAGCAAGGUUAAUUAGUCCAUUUUGCCAAUCAUAUAUUUGCGUCGACCCAGUGGAGUGUUUUUAAAGAUAAAAAUUGAAAUAUAAAAUUCUUGAAUCGGACUGGCCAGGGGGAGAAUAGAAGGUUACCCGAAUUUCUGACAAUUACUAAAUAUCAUAGGGCAAGAUUUCCGUAUAACCCCAUACUUCAUUAUGCGUAUAAUUCUUGGAUAAAAGAAAGCAGAGGCAAAACAACAGAUUGCCUUUGGGAUUAUGGCUUUGUUUUUGACUGGUAUGGAGUUAUACGGAAACCUUCCUCAUCAUAGUUUUGGAGGUAAUCACACGAAUCUUCGUUACCGAAUUUCUCGUUAAUUUAAGUACUGUAUAAGAAUCUGACGUGGUCUCUCACGUAUGCUAUUCAGUCAGGCUUUUUGCAGUUCCUAGUUCUUUUUCAGUGUGAUCCUUAAGCCUGGUGCAAACUAAUGGAACCAGCCAAUUUGAGUGCCCUGAUAAACAAACAAUAUAAAUUAAAAGAAUGAAAGUGAUCCAAGGUGCUAACACUUGAAACUUGAACCGAAAUUUGAACCAAAAUUGGAUGAAAACUUAAUAGUCUCAAUAUACGUAUUCAUUACUACACCAAAGCUGAUUGUGUUUUCCUUUUUUUAGAUCAGUGUCUUUUUGUACUUUUCUUUUGCAAUUGCCACAAAACAAUGGCUUGUCUCCUCUGGAAAGGGAGUAUAUUGCAUGAAGAGCUGAGCCUGAAGGAGAUUUAGACAUUUGGUCACACCAUAAAUUGCAGGGAAUACUUAAUAAAAUAAAUAAAUAGGGAAAAUGUAAUUGUUGGUUUAACCCCUGAACCCACUAUAUUUAUAAUCAAAUUCUUCUUAGUCUUCUUUGUACAUAUCAUUUGGUACUGACACAGGUUAAGUGUAUUUUUAAAAGAAUUUUGAAAAAUUCUUUAUUUCAAUGACAACAGCUGGUAAAUUCAUUUUUCCUCAAAGCCAUUUGUAAAAUGAAUGAUAUAUUUUUAACACAGAGUUACUUUAUUUAA